CAGCAUUCCUCCUGAAUACGACUGCUGAAAGCUCCGCAGCACCUGCAGCCUCCGGUGGGACUACAGGCGCUGCCAGGUUUACAGCCACUCAGAGGGGAACAGCCUCUGGGGAAACGGCGCCCUGCUCUCCUCACUGAUCUACUGACUCUGAGAGCAGAGGAGUGUGCAUCAAGAGCCACAAUGACGGAGCUAACGUCUAAAAAACCAGGAUUUAAAAAGUGUCGCAGUGCCACUUUCAGCAUCGAUGGCUUCAGCUUCACCAUCGUUGCCAAUGAGGCGGGGGACAACAACCGCCUUCCACUGGCCCGCUUUGCACGCUCACGGUCCCAGAAUACACUGUCCACUGCCGUCACAGCCGCCGUCACAGGCAUCACAGAACCCAAAGGAACUCAGAUGGACCCGCGCAGCGCCGCCGAGAUCCUGGCUGAGGAGCUGCCAACGCCUGACGCACCCGACGCCAUGGAGAAGACUGCUAUCAGGUUGCGAUAUCUCAUAAAGCAGCUGGAGAGGGGGGAGGCAUCUGUGGCGGACCUGAAGAAAAACCUGGAGUACACCGCCUCGGUCCUUGAAGCUCUAUACAAUGAGGAGACUAGGCGGCUGGCGGAUUCCGAAGAUGAGCUGAGUGACAUCCAGUCAGACUCGGUGCCGUCAGAGGUUCGGGACUGGCUGUCGUCCACUUUUACCCGGCAGAGGCGUCUGAUGUUGCGGCGUAACGAAGACAAGCCGCGCUUCCGCAGCAUCGUCCAUGCAGUGCAGGCCGGCAUUUUUGUGGAGAGGAUGUACCGACGGAGUUCCAACUUAGCUGGUCUUAUCUAUCCCCAAAAUGUCAUCACUGUGCUCAAGCAUGUGGACACGUGGUCGUUUGAUGUGUUUGCCCUGAAUGAUGCUAGUGGAGACCACGCUCUGAAAUUUGUCUUCUACGACCUGCUCACCAGAUAUGACUUGAUCAAUCGUUUCAAGGUCCCCAUUUCUGCUCUCAUAUCAUUUCUGGACUCGUUGGAGGCGGGUUACAGCAAAUACAAGAAUCCCUACCACAACUUGAUGCAUGCUGCUGAUGUCACACAAACCAUCCAUUACCUGCUCCUCAAGACUGGCAUAGUGCACUGGCUCACUGAGUUGGAGAUCUUUGCCAUCAUUUUUGCAGCUGCCAUCCAUGACUUUGAACACACAGGGACCACCAAUAACUUCCAUAUUCAGACCAGGUCAGACACAGCCAUGUUGUACAAUGACCGCGCUGUCCUGGAGAACUACCACGUUAGUGCUGCCUUUCGCCUUCUGCAGGGGGAUGAGGAGAUGAACAUCCUUACUAACCUUUCCAAAGACGACUGGAGAGAGCUGCGGACACUGGUAGUGGAGAUGGUGUUGGCCACGGACAUGUCCUGCCACUUCCAGCAAAUCAAAGCCAUGAAAAGCUCCUUGCAGCAGCCGGAGGCAAUUGACAAACCUAAGGCCUUAUCCCUGCUGCUGCACACUGCUGACAUCAGCCACCCUGCCAAAAACUGGGACCUCCAUCACCGCUGGACUACAUCGCUGCUGGAGGAGUUCUUCCGACAGGGUGAUAAAGAAGCAGAGCUGGGUCUACCUUUCUCCCCUCUCUGCGACCGCAAAUCCACCAUGGUGGCCCAGUCCCAGAUUGGAUUCAUUGACUUCAUUGUGGAGCCGACAUUCACUGUGUUGACGGAAAUGACCGAGAAGAUUGUGGCACCUCUCAUUGAGGAGGCAUCUCACUCUGGAUUGUCUGGCUUCAGACGCCCUAGUUUCAACAGUAUCAAUGGCAGUGAUGCAAAGAAGUCCAGUGUGAAGAGUACAGGCUCAGAGGCCAGCUGCUGUCUGACCACAGUGGACUUCAAGAGCUUCAGGUCCACAUGGAACCACGACAUUGAUCGCAACAGGGAGACAUGGAAGGCCCAGGCCGCCAAAGACCUGGAGGAAAAGGGUAAGAAGAAUGCAAAGGAAGGCAGUCAGAAAGAGAAGGCCAAAGAGGAGAAACAGUCACAGGGACCCAACACAGGACAGGUGGAGAUGAAAACAGAUUUGGAGGAACAGGAGGACGUGGAGAACAGGAGGCAAGAGGAGGAGGGCCCAAAGAACACAGACAAGAAGAAGCCAGACGGCCACACAGAGAAGCAGUGGCGGAAGGGCCCUCCACCUGACUUCCCUCUGAUCAGUCACUGCAAGAGACCCAGCUACUCUGCCAGCUCCUUCCAGCGGGUCAGGUCAAAGGUCACUGAGAUGCGGCCCAUCGAUGCGAGGGGGAAAGCCAGGCGACUGCAGCGCAUAUCCCUGCGUCACCAAAAGUGACCAUAUACAGGGUUUCUGCGGGGGUCUUAAAAAGUCUAACUUUCUAAAUCUAAAUAACAGGCCUUAAAAAGAAGUCUUACAUUUGCUUAAGUAUUGUGGAACAUAUCUUAA